AGUAUCCACACCUCCUACUUGUAGGUGUUCUUCUUGUUCUGUUACCUGAAAGAAGAAGAAACUUAACAGGAGUGUGGUACUUACUGCUUCUAUAUUAUCGCAAUCCGUCGAGAUAAAACCCUGCUUCUAUUACAAAAAGAAGGGAUCCUAGUAUUUAGCUUCCGAGGUUAACUUAAGUCGCUGCUCGAAGUAUGUCGAGGAUUAUAAAUCUUAUUUCUGAAAAGGCAGCGCAUGCAGUGUCCCGGGGUAUCAACAAUUUAGCGGAGCUGGAGCAGUUGGAGCAGAAGGAGCGUAAGGCGGAGGCCGCUCUUCAGGCUGCUACAACGCAGUCGGCAGAGGGUUCUUCUAAGGUCGUCCCCGCUUCUUUAGAAUCAGUAGAUUAUUUAGGGAUAUUAUUAAUAGAUCCUAAGCUGGCACAAUCCCUAGGCUUUAAUGGAGUUUUUCUACUAGCGCCAUUAAGUUCUUAAGAUGCUCAAUAGGUUCCUAUGUUUCUUCUUUUUCUUCCCCUUUUUCCUAUUAUACCCUAUAGCAUCGUUUACCGUCUUC